AGACGCGGCUCAUCAGGCACACGUCCUGCCCCCCGGAGCCCCGCGGGCACAGUGUUGUCCUUGCCGGGGUCACCGUCACGCGAGGGAGCGUGAGCUGGAAUUUCGGUAGACGCGUCCUCAGCCCAAGGCGCAGGUCCCAGCAGCCAUACCCACCGCCACGCCUGUCGCCCCAGCGUCCCAGCCAUGGCGGGAAGCUCUAACGUGCCCCACAAGACGUCGCUGCCCGAGGGCAUCCGGGUGGGCACCGUGAUGAGGAUUCGCGGCGUCGUCCCGGAAAAGGCCGGCAGGUUCUAUGUGAACCUGCUGUGCGGCGAGGGGCCUGGCGGGGAGGCUGCCCUCCAUUUCAACCCGCGGCUGGACGAGUCCACGGUGGUCUUCAACAGCCUGGAGCAGGGCACCUGGGGCCGGGAGGAGCGCGGCUCAGGCAUUCCCUUCCAGCAUGGGCAGCCCUUCGACGUGCUCCUCAUCGCCACCGAAGAAGGGUUCAAGGCGGUGGUCGGCGACUCGGAGUACCACCACUUCCGCUACCGGAUCCCGCCGGCGCGCGUGCGCCUCCUGGAGGUGGGCGGGGACCUGCAGCUGCAGUCGGUGAAGAUCUUCUGAGCCUCCGGGCGGGCGGCGGGGUCGGGGGUCGGGGGUCCGGGGUCCCGGGCGCGGCAGGGCAAAUAAAGUUUCAGUCCGCGUGUGUGCGCCCCGUC